AUGGAAUCCCCAAAUUGUUGUACCGCCGAAGAUGGUAUAAGUGGGAAUAGCGUCAGUAGUGAACAAUGGUGUAUUUGCUUCAAUUGUAUGCACAAGGCGGAAAAAACAGUCAACGCACCUGUCGGCAGAAUUCCUGAAGCCAUGGAAAUUGGAGAGAGGCCAUUCGGACGCUUGACAGAGGAACUAACGAGGAAGCGAAACCAGGUGGCUCAAGGAAUAUGUCGACAAAGGUGUCGGUCCUACAAAAAGGAUUUAGACUUUGCCAAAAAUAAGAUAAAAGCAAAUACUGUAGACAAUAUACUAAAUCAUUACUCUCUCCUAAAAGAGGCAGAGACAAUCGAAAACGAAAAAUUGGACAAAAAUACCCAAGAAGUUUCCAACAGAAAUUCUCUCAGAAGACCUGAUAUCCCAACAAUUAGUUUACGGAAAAGCGAGGAAUUUGCAAAGGUAACGACAACAAAAUCAUCACACUACAGGACCACAAAUAAACCUCGUCUUAAACGGAGUGCUACAUUCGUUCUUGAAGAUUUGCCAUCCCAGUCAAACACAAACAAAUGCAAUAGUUCAAAAGAACAAAAAGCUUUCAAAGUAACUAGGAGUAGGAUAAACUUGUUGGAAGAAAAGAGUGAAGAAUCUGAUAAAAAGACACAGGGAGUCAAACCAACAUCGUCCUCUAGUCCCCGGCGUCACGUUAUGCCAAGGCUGCAUGGAAGUGCUCCGAAUCCAAAUCCGUCUGGGAAGGAAAGCGAGGAAAGCAACGAACAAUAUCAGCCACAAACAGAAAGAAGCAGUACAAGAAUGCAGAACUCAAAGACGAACAAACAGGCAGAUUGUGAAGAUAAAAGUGUCAGCAAAAGUGUUUCUGAAGUAGAAGCUGAAUAUUUUCUUAAGCGGAUUAAUAGACUGUUUACAGCGUCGGAAACAGACAAGGAAGUUGAAAAGCAAGUGGACCAUCGUCCCCAGACUUGUCUACUUCCUCCACAGAGUUUGGCAUCCUCACGCACGCGCAGUUUCCUUCAAAACACUGUCUCUAAAUACAAGUGGGUGUUUAUCCCUGGUGUUACCUACUACGACCUGGACAAGCAGCUUCUUUCAAAGCAGCGAGAAAGAGAAAAAGUUAAAGUCCGACAGUUCGAACUCGAUACAAUCCAAGCUGAUUUACGCCGGAAGGAAACUAACAUCAGGAGACUGGUGCGCAGAAGCACCAGCAUCAGAGAAGAAAUGAGUCACGUGACCACUGGACGACCUCCAAGAUGA